AUGAAGUUUGGAUUAGUUGCUGCAUGUGCACUGGUGGCUGGAACUGUAGUGGCAGACCACCAUCAAGCCAAUUUCGAAGGUUGGACUCAUAAUGAUUUGAAACAGUAUGUGCAGGAUCAUAGUAAGAGGUUGGAAAAUUUAGGGUCAAAGACCUUGGAAGAGUUGAAGGAGGAGUUGGGCGAAAGUUACGAGAAAAACGCACAGCCCAAGCCUUGGUGGCAGAUUUGGCCGGCUCAUAAGGACCCUUAUAUGAGCAGAAAGGGACCUAGCUCGGCUGUAUCCGAUUGGUUUUUUGAUACGUGGAGUGAUUCCGAUUUGCAAAAAUACUUGCGUCAGAACAACGUGAAGUACGAUGCCAAGGCUUCCAAGGACCAGUUGGUCAAGGCUGCGCGCGAUAGUUUCCAUGAUGUUUCUAAGAAACUAGGAUGUUCAGGAUUUUACUUAUCGAAUGAGUACUUCCAGGACUGGGAUGAAGAUGAUUUGAAAGCUUGGUUGAAGGAUUAUGACAUUGACUACGAAAAGAUCGCAGACAAUAAGGAUGCGCUUUUGGACAAGGUCAGAGAAAACAUUUACCAUGCUUCGAAGCUUGCUGAGGAGAAGAGGGGUGAUUUCUUGAAAACCUUGGACUUGGCUAACAAACAGAUUGUUGACAGCGCCGGCAGUAUCAAGGAUGAUGUGUUUAAUUCGUGGUCUACUGAAAACUUGAAGCAAUGGUUAGUGUACCACAAGGUUAAGAUUGACGAUAAGGUCGCUGAUAACCGCGAUGAGUUGCUCAAAGCUGCUAAGAAGCAGGCUAAUUACUUGAAGGAUGACGUCGACUGGUACUUGAACUAUAUGAAGAACAAAUCGAGCCGUUUUAUCAAAAAGACACCCGAAUACGCUGCUUCAGUGUGGGAUCAAACCAUGUCUAAGUUGGGUGGAUUGUUUUUCCAUUACACAGACAAAACUGGUGAUGCAAUCAACGAUACUUUCCUUGUUGGUGUUGAAGACUGGUCAAGGGACAGAUUGAAGACUUACUUGGACCUUCGUGGCGUGAAAUACCACUUGCUAUCCACAAACAACGAGCUUCGCAGGCUCGCAGUCGAAAACAGAAACAAACCUUUGCGUAAAUUGCAAGAAAACUACAACAAGCUUACUGAGGGUCUCACCUACGAUAACAUGAAAAUUAGGGCACAGGAUAAAGCCGAUAAGGUUCAGGACACUGACGCUUAUAACACCAUGUCCAGUAGUAUUAAUUCCCUAAACAAGGACACUCAAAAAUGGGCCAAUGAUUUCACCAAGAAAUGGUCUGACUCCCUCACUUCGUGGUCUGUAGAUGACCUCAGGAACUACGUCAAGAGUUUCGGUGUGGACCCAUCGAGUCUAACCAAGGAGGAUCUAAUCACCCAGGCAAGAGUGAAGACCCAGCUUUUCUUCGGUACUUUUAAUGAGCCCUGGUACGCAAGAUGGUUGUACAAGGCCCGUUUCUUCUUGAGACAUCCUUUCAGCCUGUUUGCAUGA